GGAGGAGGAGCAGUCAAAGUUUGAGUUUCCCGGAGAAGGAGAAGUCUUUUACUGAACAAGAGGGGGAAAAAAGAGACUUGAAGAAGAUUUGUAGGCUUGAUUUCUAAGUUUUGAUAAAGCGGAAUAUCGCGUCUUGUUGGCAUGGAAUGAUACCUUCUCCCCAGGAGCGUCUGAAAACACGAUGGCAACCCGUUUUUUGAAGUGGAUCAGUCUCACCUCUCUGCUUUGCCUGGGCUCCUGUGUUCUGGCGGAAAGGAAAGUAUGCCAAGGCAUCACCAAUCGUUUAAACCUUCUGGGUUCCAAAGAAGACCACUACCUGAACAUGGUGAAGACCUACAGCAACUGCACUGUGGUCCUGGAGAAUCUAGAGAUCACCUACAUGGAGGAGCACCGUGACCUGUCCUUCCUCAGGUCAAUUGAAGAAGUCGGGGGCUAUGUCCUGAUUGCCCUCAACACAGCUUCCAGUAUUCCUCUGGAGAACCUGCGCAUCAUUCGAGGGCAUUCCCUCUAUGAGGGAGCGUUUGCCCUUGCUGUUCUUGCCAAUUAUGACAAAGCAACGGGUCAGGGAACCAAAAAGCUUCUUCUGACCAGCCUGACAGAAAUUCUUAAAGGAGGUGUAAAGUUUGGGACCAACCAGCUGUGCAAUGUUGAGACAAUACAGUGGUACGAUAUUGUCAACACUGACAGCAAACCCAGCAUGGAGCUCCCUGUGGCGAACAACAAUCCACUUUGUGCUAAAUGUGACUCAAGCUGCUUCAAUGGCUCAUGCUGGGCACCUGGUCCUCAGAAUUGUCAGACUUUAACAAAGCUGAACUGUGCACAGCAGUGCUCUAAGAGAUGCAAAGGACCUUCACCAAGCGACUGUUGUAAUGAGCACUGUGCUGCGGGCUGCACAGGACCGCGGCCCACCGACUGUUUGGCCUGCCGGGACUUCCAGGAUGACGGGGUGUGUAAGGACUCCUGCCCAGGCCUCAUGCGUUAUGACCCCAACCUGCACCAGCUGGUACCCAACCCACAUGGAAAGUACAACUUCGGGGCCACCUGUGUCAAGAGCUGCCCACAUAACUAUGUUGUGACCGAUCAUGGAGCCUGUGUGCGGACAUGCAGUGGUAAUACCUAUGAGGUGGACGAGGGCGGAAUCAGGAAGUGUGCCAAAUGUGAUGGACUGUGUCCAAAAGCGUGUAAUGGACUUGGAUCGGGAGACCUGACUCACACCCUGUCUAUCAAUGCCACCAACAUUGACUCAUUCAAAAACUGCACGAAGAUCAAUGGUAACAUUGCUAUCAUCCACACAUCGAUUUAUGGGGAUACAUAUACCAAAACACCAAAGAUGGAUCCUGCCCAGCUUGAUGUGUUUAAGACAGUUAAAGAAAUUACUGGAUACUUGUGGAUCCAAACGUGGCCAGAGAGCAUGAGCUCACUCAGUCCUUUUGAAAAUCUGGAGAUCAUCCGAGGACGAACUAAACGUGGUAGCCGCAGUGUGGUUAUGACUCAGCUCCGUAUCAGCUACCUGGGUCUUCGCUCCCUCAAAGAAAUCAGUGACGGAGAUGUGGUCAUCAUUAAGAACCAGAACCUGUGCUACACCAAUAAAAGCCACUGGGUGGCGCUCUUCAAAUCAGGAAGCCAAAGUGCCAGUGUAGAGGAAAAUGCUGACGUGGCUAGCUGUGUUCUGAGGAACAACACUUGUGACAGGAAGUGUACCACAGACGGCUGCUGGGGUCCGGGCCCGGACAUGUGUUUCGCCUGUCGUGACUACAGCCGUCAUGGGAGCUGUGUUGACUCCUGCAACAUCCUUGAGGGGGAGCCGCGGGAGGCUGUCGUGAAUAAAACCUGCAUGGAGUGUCACCCCGAGUGUCAGCGCAUGAAUGGGACUGCAACCUGCCGCGCGCCUGGUUCUGGAAACUGCACUAAGUGUGCCAACUUCCAAGAUGGACUGUUCUGUGUGUCUCGCUGUCCCCAAGGCGUGCCAGGGGAGGACGACACUCUAGUGUGGAAAUACGCAGACGAGAUGAAAGUGUGCCAGCUAUGCCACAAAAACUGCACUCAAGGGUGCAUUGGGCCUGGUCUUGAAGGAUGCCAGAUUAAAAGCCCUUCUGGUCUCUCCAUGAUUGCAGCUGGUGUAGUUGGUGGGCUGCUGGCUGUUCUUAUUGCAGGCCUGUCUGUCUUUGUGUUGCUACGCCGACGCCACAUCAAGAGGAAGAGAACCAUGCGCAGACUGCUCCAAGAGAGAGAGCUGGUUGAACCUCUGACUCCAAGUGGAGAGGCACCAAACCAGGCUCUGCUGCGGAUCCUGAAAGAACCUGAAUUUAAGAAAAUUAAAGUGCUGGGAUCAGGGGCUUUUGGUACAGUUUAUAAGGGCCUGUGGGUUCCAGAGGGAGAGGAUGUGAAGAUCCCAGUGGCCAUCAAGGUUUUAAGAGAGGCCACAUCACCAAAAGCAAACAAAGAAAUCUUGGACGAGGCUUAUGUGAUGGCCAGUGUGGAACACCCCCAUGUGUGUCGUCUGCUUGGCAUCUGCCUGACCUCCACAGUGCAGCUCGUCACCCAGCUGAUGCCCUACGGCUGCCUGCUGGACUAUGUCAAAGAGAACAAGGAUAAUAUCGGCUCUCAGCACCUGCUCAACUGGUGUGUGCAGAUAGCCAAGGGUAUGAACUACCUGGAGGAGCGCCACUUGGUACACCGUGACUUGGCAGCCAGAAACGUUCUGGUGAAGACUCCUCAACAUGUCAAGAUCACUGAUUUUGGUCUGGCCAAACUCCUCAACGCAGAUGAGAAAGAAUAUCAUGCAGAUGGUGGAAAGGUACCGAUAAAAUGGAUGGCUCUUGAAUCUAUCCUAAACAGGACGUACACACACCAGAGUGAUGUGUGGAGUUACGGUGUAACAGUUUGGGAGCUGAUGACAUUUGGGACCAAGCCCUACGAUGGGAUUCCAGCAAGUGAAAUAGCUGGGGUCCUGGAGAAGGGGGAGCGACUGCCUCAACCACCAAUCUGUACCAUAGAUGUCUACAUGAUCAUGGUGAAAUGUUGGAUGAUUGAUGCAGACAGUCGACCUCGUUUCCGUGAGCUAAUAGCCGAAUUUUCAAAGAUGGCGCGGGAUCCUUCCCGUUAUCUUGUCAUUCAGGGCGAUGACUCUAUGAACUUGCCGAGUCCUACAGAUACUAAAUUCUACCGCAGCCUGAUCAGCGGGGAGGACAUGGAGGAUGCUGUGGAUGCAGACGAGUACCUGGUGCCACAACAUGGCUUCUUCAGCAGCCCAAGCACCUCCCGCACCCCACUGCUCCACUCCACGAGCCUCAACAGCAGUAUUGGAACAUGUCACAGUAGAAAUGGCUUACUGAAUGGGUACCCAGGCAGAGACGGAAGUGUGGUUCUCCGGUAUAUUCCUGACCCCACAGACAAACUUUUCGACGAUGCCUUCCAGGCAGCUCCAGACUAUAUGAACCAGAACGGAGUUUCUGAGAUGAUGAAUCCCAUCUACCAGCAGCCUGGUCCACCUCGCACCCUCCUCCCCACCAUCUCUUCUGACGACACAGAGACAGAGUACCUGAACUGCUUUAAAAAUGGGGCCAAUGGGCCCGAGUACCUCAACGAUGUACCAUCCCCCGCCGUCCUCCCGCUCACCUCCAAUGGCACGGUCCACAGCAUUCAGAAAUACCAGCCCCAGAACAGCAUAGACAACCCUGAUUACCAACAGGAUUUCACCCCCACCUUCAAGACCCAUGCCAACGGACACAUCCCGGCAGCGGAGAACGCAGAGUAUCUGGGCCCAGACUGAGGAUUUAAUGGAUAUAGACAAAAAUAACAGACAGUUUCCUCUUCUAUUAAGAAAGAGCAUUGAUGUCUUGGCUGAAACAGCAUACCUAAGUGGUACCAUCAGUUAUCAUACAUGUUAUAUCCUGUCUCACGAAGUCAGGUGACACUUUGUUCAGCUUUCUGUGUCGUUUGCAUGCUGUCAUACUUGUCAUGUAAAACCUGUUUCAUUCCAAAGAGUUUUUUUUUUCUUACAACCAAAUAAUAAAUGACUUUUUCUUGAUGAAAGCUGGACGAAAGCUGAUUCAUACGUGACUCAGUUGACCUGAGAGAGAGAUUCGCUCUGUCCGCAUGGUGUAGCCCCAGUCGGAAAGUGAAAAUCUGUCAAGAUGCUCUGCACUAAGUGCUGUAUGUGAUCCAAAUGUGUUGGUGGAGGAAUGCUAUUAAAAGGAUGUAAGUGCCUCAGUCUUUUUGGGAGGCAGAAGCUCUAUUGCAAAGAACAGAAACUGGCAGCUUAAACCCAAAACACAACUUAAGGUACAUGUGUUGUAGAAUCACAAGCAAAAAGCAUUGAUAAGUUUGAGUUGAAACGACUGACAGCGCACAGUGGUGCAGUCACUUGACGCUGAUGUGAAGCCUCAGAACAUUUCUCUCUGGUGAAGUCAAGAUGAUGAUUAAAGGAAGUAAAAUGCUGGCUUGACUGAUAGGGUCCUUUGAGGCCUGACGACACUCUUCCUGAAGGAUGAGUCAAUGAGGAAACAAGAUGUUGCAGUGUAUAGAAUGUAUAGUCAGUUUAAAGGGGAAUACUGGUGAGUUGUAUCGUUUAAAUAUGUUGCCUUUAUGCUCUAAGACAGUUCUGUGUGUGCCAGAAAUGUGUUGCUUUCUCUUUUAUUUUUAAAGGAGGGUAGAGCUUCCUGUCUCCCCCUGAUGUGUGAUACCACGCCAACUAUGUAGAGAAUGUGAUGGUAAAUAUAGCAAAUGUGAUAGUGGUCAUAUUCACACUGCUUUUCGUAGGUGAAAACCUGUAGUACUCUUGAAUGAAACAUAUUUGUGUGGACCCACAAAGUUAGCUUAAGUCUCGCUUUGUAUCAGUAUGGCAUAUUAGUCUGGUUACACACUCUUUCCUGGUCCUGUUAAUUCCCACCAAUAGUUAUGUUUUUAACUCUCCUGACUGUACUAAGAACUUACCAACUUUUUACUGCCCAGCACAUUGACUUUACAGCCAGAAACGUGACCAAAAAGCUAAAGAAAAAAAAACCCCAAUAGCUUCAGUUGCAUUCCUUUUUUCUUUUUUUUUUUCUUUUUUAAGUGUUUUCACUUGUUUGAAAUGUUGGUCGAACUGUCUUAGGACAUGUGAGUAACUUGUUUGAAGUUUUAAAUAAAAGUAGUAUUUCCUCGUAAACAUGAUGUAUUGUAGAGACUAUUUUAACAGCUCUGAGUGACUUCAGAAACUAGGAAUGUCUCUCAUGUUUGUGGUCUGCCACAAUGUAUCUCUAUUAUUAGCCAGAGACUUCUCCUUGUCUGUUUUUUAAGUGUAGACUGUUGUUUCACACAGUGUGUUGACACCAUAUCUAUGAAUCUGCUCCUAGCUUUAAAGUCUUGUAGUCUUGCAAGAACAUUAACUUUGCAAAUAUUAUUCCUAGUUUUAAAGGAAUAUACUAUUGUAGCAACCUGUAAGCCUACUUUUGCAGAUUUUACACAGGUACAUGUACAGAAAACGGUGAUUAUGCUGUAAUAUACCCCAAAACAGUCACCUAUAAUUUAUACUAUCUGUACACAAUUUUGUCACAUAAUACGUGAAAAUGCACUUGUUCCUGACUUGUGAUUAUUUCUUUCAACAGUGAACAUAAUUAAAUCUUUUUUCUAUGGAAA